AAGUAGGUUUUGCAAACAAACAGAACUCUGAGAAGCCUUCAAGAGCCUUUUGGAAAUCUUUUUCGUCCCAAGCACAUCCCAUCGAUAGAGCGUCAAAUUCGGAGCAAAAUGAGACGUCCUCGAGCUUUCUAGGACAUCUCUAGGCUGAGAUAAGGCCAUUUUACUUUCACAGAUCCGGCUGACUCGAAAUCCUUUAGGAGAUUUGCCAAUAACUUUUUUUUUGAUUUGUUUUCAAACCACUUGAUUUUUGAAUUAGCGGCGCCUUACUUAAAUAAAUUAAAUGUUAAUGGUCAAGUUCUGGAAGAAUUCGUUCAAGUAAGAUGCCUUUUCGGCUUUGUCUUCGGGCCAUAGUAGGUAAGUCUUUCAAAUCAAUUGCUCGUUGGCAGAGCUAAAUGAAGAAGCUACUCAUUUGAGCAGCGUUCAUGUAUCGUUAUAGGUGAAACGUUCUAUAUAAAUUUGACGUUUUAAGGUGAAUAUUUUGCUUUCGGUCUUUCUGAUUCUUUCCCCUUACCACAUUCUGUCUUUCUAACACCAAAGUUCAACUUGGGACUUCAAAUAUGCCGUAUUCUUCUUCUUCUGUCUCAAUGGCGUCGAUUUUACUAUCUUACGUAUGGUAGUUAUAAAAGAUUUAUUUUUCUAUAGUUAUAGAACAUUUCCGUUUUAAUGAAUGAAAUGAAAAAGAAUAAAUUUUCUAUUUUAGUGUGGAUUUAGUUUUGUAAUCUUUUUCGCUCUCACUGUGAAUUUAAUGCAUAAUCCGCCAACUUGAUCAAUUAAUAUCGCACUAAGUCGAGAGUAGUUUACUUGCCUGUUUUACGCUAACUUCGAGUGCACAAGUUAGACACUAUGCUCAGCUAUUUUUCAGGAAAAGAGCGCUUGAAUUUGUGGAGUUAAUCGGAUUGUCAAUAUCACUGAUAUCGUAAAAUUUCGCCACCUGGAGUUUCACAGUAGGAAUUUUGCCAGUCCAAAUUCCGAAGGAUUUUAGCAAUAUUGUCGAAUAUACGGGACAAAGCCGCCAAUAAUUUCGACAUUUGUUACGGCAAAUAUUAGCGAGCAAUCAAAAUGCAGAUAAACGUUUGAACAAAGAUUGAUUUCCGGGUUUACUAGCUCAAUUAUUUGAAAAAGGAGCCGUUAAGAAAUCAGAUAGUGUGCUAGGAACGUCAUGUUUCUUUCACUAUUUUAUGUUCAAAUAAUUCUUCUUUCGUAGGAUUUAUGAAAAACGGGUAACAUUCUCUUGAUCGAAGUAAUGUAAUCAAAGAAAAAAUUCUACAAAAUGUAGACUAUGAUGAUGGUGAGUUAUUAUUAAAUCUAACAACCACCAGCACACCUGUAUCAAGUCGUCGAGUAACCAUGGCCGAUAACAACACAACCGUUCAUUUAGUUAGAUAUCAAUACAAGUUUGUGGGUUAAACGUAUGCACUAAGUUUUUAAUUUAAAUGGCGUUUAAAAUGAAUCUUUUAUUUAGAGACUCCAGAAAGAAAGAAACAGGUUAGAUUUUCAAUUGUAUUCGACAUAAACAGAAGUGACUGGAACCAUAGUCUUUUAACAAAUGAUAGCACGACACGAGUUAGUUUAAAUACAAGUGAAUGGGAGAAAGAAGUGUCAGCUGAUUCGCCGCUUGAUUUAACUCAACCGUCCAUCUCAACAGCAAAUAGUUCAAUUACCAUAAUUCGCCAAGAUCCAAUUUGUCCUUUAAGCGCCAUUCGAACUGCAUUACAAACAUUGAAAACAACAUCACCGCCGACGCAGACAGAAAAUAAUGCAAGAAAAUUAUUAAUCAGAAAAUAUGGUGCGGGGAUGACUGAAGAAAAAGCGUUACAACAACUUAUUGAGGAAGAAGCUACAACCAAAACACGAACACAUAGAGCUGCUACAUCAGCGAUAAAAUCGACUCCAGUGAAAAAGUCAAGAAAAAAUCUCAAUAAAGGCAUAGUUGAAGAAAUAUUAUCUGUAACAGUCUUAACUAUUCCAGUUGCAUAUUUCAGAACUAGAGAAUGUUGA